UUCUACUUUAACCAAUAGUCGUUCACUUACGUGCUUACGUCACGUAGUGCGACAGAGAAUUUUCAAGAUGGUGCUUGAAAGUACUAUGGUUUGUGUGGACAACAGUGAGUAUAUGCGCAAUGGAGACUUCUUACCUACCAGACUUCAGGCCCAGCAAGACGCUGUCAACAUCAUCUGUCAUUCAAAAACUCGGAGUAACCCAGAAAACAACGUGGGGCUCAUCACUCUGGCCAAUAACUGUGAGGUCCUGACCACGCUGACCCCUGACACGGGCAGGAUCCUGUCAAAGCUUCACGCUGUUCAGCCCAUAGGAGUCAUCAGCUUCUGUACUGGCAUCAGAGUAGCACAUCUGGCAUUGAAACACAGACAGGGAAAGAACCAUAAGAUGAGGAUCAUUGCCUUUGUGGGAAGUCCUGUGGAGGACCAGGAGAAAGAUUUGGUGAAGAUGGCAAAACGUUUGAAGAAGGAAAAAGUCAAUGUUGACAUCAUUAACUUUGGAGAAGAGGAGGUCAACACGGAUAAGCUGACCGUGUUUGUGAACACCCUAAAUGGAAAAGAGGGCGUAGGCUCUCACCUGGUAACGGUGCCUCCUGGCCCGAGCCUGGCAGAUGCUCUUCUGUCCUCUCCUAUCAUGGCUGGUGAGGGUGGCACCAUUAUGGGCCUGGGUGCCAGUGACUUUGAGUUUGGAGUGGAUCCCAGCGCAGACCCUGAGCUCGCUCUGGCUCUGCGUGUGUCGAUGGAGGAGCAGAGACAGAGGCAGGAGGAGGAGGCUCGCCGGGCAGCAGUGGCUUCAGCUGCAGAGGCUGGAGUCUCAUCACCCACUGCAGAUGAGUCUGCUGAAAAUGCUCUGCUGAAGAUGUCGACGGCUCCUGCUCUGCCUGAUUUCAGCCGCAUGACGGAGGAUGAACAGAUCGCAUACGCCCUACAGAUGUCCAUGCAAGGAGGAGAGUUUGGUGGUUCAGAGGCCAUGGAUGUGGACACUGGUGCAGCAGCAGACAGUGAAGCUCCUAAGGAGGAUGAGGAGGAUUAUGAUGUGAUGCAGGAUCCAGAGUUUUUGCAGAGUGUGCUGGAGAACCUUCCUGGUGUCGACCCCAACAACGAAGCCAUCCGUAAUGCCAUGGGCUCUCUGGCAUCCCAGAACAGAACAAAACCACCCGAGGGCAAGAAAGAUGAUGACAAGAAAUAGAGGAAUAAGAAGCAUCUGGAUGGAGGACAAAGACAAAUAAAACUGAUGAAAGGUUUCCAACUGGAUGAUGAAUAGAGAUGAACACCGAAUUCAUGUAUGAUUAAAAAAGCAAGAAUUAAUGAUUUAACGAGUUUCCUAACAAAUGUUAGAGGAGGACAGAACAGACUAACCACAAAGAAAACUCAAAAAAUACUUCUUACAUGUAAUUGUGAAUGAGCAUCUUCAUUUCUUCCUUUUAAGUAACAUCUGAUCUGUAACAUUUGGUGAAGCAAAAAAAAGAAAAGAAAAAAAGUCAGACCAUGCUACUUCAAAUAGUAGUGCUCACUUCAGUGUUUAUUUGCUAGUUAUUUCAUGCCACCCAACUAUAAUUUUCCUUGUGGUUUUUGGAUAACUUCUUGUAAAGGUUUCUUUGUCGAUUUUGUAUCACUAUUUUCAGUUCCUUUUGUAAUAAAGGGCUUUGUUAUGGUUAAGGGAA